GAAAGUUGUGCGGCCGGUCGGCUCGCUGAGCUCAGCGCCGGACAGGAGCGGAGCCCGCAGCCCGGCCCGGAGUGGGCGGCAGGAAGGCGCUUUCCGGGCCGCUGGCGAUGGCGCUCGAGGAGGGGGACGAGCUGGCCCGGCUCCGCUCCCUCUUCGUGGCCUGCGACGUGCGGGGCUCCGGGCGCAUCGAGCGGGCGGAGUUCGGCUCGCUGUGCGCCGAGCUGCGGGUGCGGCCGGCCGAGGCCGAGGCGAUCUUCCGGCGGCUCGACACGGACCGCGACGGGGCCAUCACCUUCCAGGAGUUCGCCCGGGGCUUCCGCGGGGCCGGCCAGCGGCCGCUGGAGCAGGACGAGGAGGAGGCAUGGGGCGCGGUGGGGCCGAACCAGCCCUGGCGGGAUUUCGAGCUGCGGCUCGGGAGCGAGGCCAAAUACAUCCCCAGGCAAGAGCAGGCCAGUGUUCUGUAUGCGAACAUCAGCUUAGUGGAACCAAGAUUAAUUCAGCCUUAUGAAAAUGUUAUUAAGAACUUCCUCCAAGAGAUCAAACUUCAAAGUAUAGAGAUGGAAAGCUUGGCCAUAUCUGUAAAAAGAGCUCAGGAUAAAGCAGCAAUACAGCUCAGUGAAAUGGAGGAGGAGAUGGAUCAGCGGAUCCAGGCUGCAGAACACAAAGUCAAGAAGGAAGAGAAGCGGAAAGCUGAAGAGGCACUAAAUGAUCUCAAGCGUCAGUAUGAGAAUGAAGUUGGUGAACUUCAGGUGACAAUAAAAAAACUUAAAAAGCUGGAAGAACAGUCAAAGAACAUAAAUCACAGAGAAGAUUUGGCUGAAUUAAAAAAAAGAAUACAUGAAUUGUCAUUGGAAAAUCAGAAACUUAAAAAAGAUCUUUUAGAAGCACAGACAAGUAUAGCUUUUCUUCAGAGUGAAUUAGAUACUUUGAAAAGUGAUUAUGCAGAUCAAAGUUUGAGCUCAGAAAGAGACCUGGAAAUGGUCCGAGAAUACACUGAAGACAGAGAGAGCCUGGAAAGACAAAUUGAAAUACUUCAAUCAGCUAACAGAAAACUACAUGACAGCAAUGAUGGUUUAAGGAGUGCACUAGAAAACAGUUUAAGCAAAUGCAACAGAUCACUGCGUCUAACAAACAUCUCCCCGGGGAAUACAAUUACUAGAAGCAGCCCCAAAUGUAAUGGUGGCCAGUCUCCUCAAAAUCCACGAUAUGACAGAUCAUCUCGUUCUUCCUAUGUGGAUGAAGAUGAGUGUUUAGCCCUUUGUGACCCUCUGCAAAGGAUAAACUGUGAUGCUGAUAGCUUGUCUGAAAGCUGCUUUGACAGUGGUUUGUCUACCUUGAGAGACUCAAAUGAAUAUGAUUCAGAAGUGGAAUGGAGACAUCCAAGAAGUUUUCAAAGGCCACACUGUAUGCAGGACAGUUCUGGUGGUGAUGCUUCUGAUACAGAUGUUCCGGAGAUCAGGGAUGAAGAGGCUUAUAGCCCUGACAACAGCAGUACAGCAGAAGAUUGGAAAUCCUCCCAACCAGUCAGUCGAAGCAGCUCUAGUGCUUCAACAAGGAGGUGUCUCCCUGCCCUCUCUCCACAGACAGACACAAUAGACAGUAACCUGAAAUACCCUAAGUCAGAGAAGGCUUACAAGAUCGUUCUUGCUGGAGAUGCAGCAGUAGGGAAAUCCAGUUUCCUUAUGAGACUUUGCAAGAAUGAAUUUCGAGGAAACACCAGCGCAACUCUGGGAGUUGAUUUUCAAAUGAAAAGGCUUGUUGUUGAUGGAGAACCUACAGUACUCCAGCUAUGGGACACAGCAGGACAGGAGAGAUUUCGAAGUAUUGCCAAGUCAUAUUUCAGAAGAGCAGAUGGCGUGUUACUGUUGUAUGAUGUGACAUGUGAAAAGAGUUUUCUUAAUGUACGAGAAUGGGUGGAUAUGAUUGAGGAUGCAACUCACGAGAAUAUUCCAAUCAUGAUGGUGGGUAACAAAGCAGAUCUUCGCCAAACAGUUUCAGAACAAGGACAAAAAUGUGUACCAAUCAACUAUGGAGAAAAAUUGGCCAUGACUUAUAAUGCACUAUUUUGUGAAACAAGUGCUAAAGAUGGAGCUAAUAUUGUAGAAGCAGUUCUUCAUCUUGCUCGCGAAGUGCGAAAAAGAAGUGACAAUGAAGACACAAGGUCCGUAACCAACCUGGCUGAGCCAACUGUCAAAAAAUCAAUGCCAAUGAAGAACUGCUGUAAUAUAUAAAUAACAAAUUCCCUUUCUGCCCUAAAUAAUUUUACUUUUGUAUUUUUAUCACUUUUAAAAAUGAAGGAUUUACAUAAUGUUUUCUCCUUACUAUGGAUUUAUAUGUAUAUAGUAGUUGCAAAACUUGAGAAAUUCAGUUCCUACUGUCUGCUGCUCUGCACUGGUGCACUUGCCUUGCCUCACAGGCUUUGGUUUGAUCUCACUUUUAUAUCAGUGUAUGUCAAUAAAAUCAAAGAAAUUACAUUGGUUUUAAACUGGUCUGAGAUCAGAAUCAAGGCUUCUACUUUUGCCGGGUAUUUAUGAUAGUCAGUACAUACAGUACUGUAUUUUCAUUUCAUUCAUGUAGAUAUUUCCUUAUAAAGUGAAAGAGGUUUCACCAGCUGAAGACAAUAUAAUAAUUUAUUUUAAACCCAAGAUAUUCAGAGCCCAGGGGAAAUUCCAUCGUUACUUCAUCUAAUUUUGCCUUGGACAGCAAAUGCAGGUCAAAUUAGACCUGUAUGAAAUAUUCACAACAAACCAUCUAGCCACUUGAAACUUACGUAGUUUCAUUACAAACCUGGCCAGGUUUGUCAAAAAGACUUGAAAAUUUUUUGAACUUUUCAAGUGAACUUGUUGAGUUUUGAGCAAACCUCGGCAAAUAUAUGGUGUUGCAUCUGAAAAGCAAAACUCAAGUCUGAUCCCACACAGAUCAAAACUGGAGGAAAUACUUGCAUGAAUCCUGCAAAGCAAAAAGACAAAUUAGAUACUGCUCUGACCUCAAGAGAGGUCACAGUAUCUGCAGGACUUAGGAACACUGGGAUGAAUUAACGAUACAAUUCCUGCCUGUUUAUAAAUGAGACUGUUAAUAUAGUAAUAUAGGGGAAUGUGAAUUGUCCCUUCCCUCUUGUUCUUCAAAUGUUUGCCAUUGAUAUAUAUGACAAUUCAGACAGUUCAAGUGAUGGACUCUAAUAGUUCAGAAGAGUCUGUAGUAAUCUGUUUUCUUAGUGAAUCUUUAGGCCUUCAAUCACCUGUUAGCAGCUGUACGUGCACAAGACUCCAUAUUAAAUUUUUGUUAAAGGAAUCAGUCCGCAUGACCGUGAGCCACUUUCCAAAAAUCGGGCAAUACUGUUCUCAUUAAGGUAAGGCCGAGGACUCUCAACUCCACGUGAAGUCAAUGGGAGCUGCAGAUGCUCAGUCUCUCUGAAAUUCAAGACAUUGGUUUUAUUGAGUUUUCUAAAAAUCCCAUAGUUUAGUACAUAUUUUAAAUUCAAAGCCUAAAAUCAUUAAUGUAAAAAUGACACUAUUAUAGUAUAAUUAUUAAAAUAGGAGUACAAAAAAGUAUCACACCCUAGUGACUUUGUUUAGUCUUUUGUUCCCUUAGUUAGGGCCAGUCCUGCAAAUGUUGAAGCAUGUGAGUGAGACUUUGCCUGCAGGUAGUCCCAUUAAAACCAAUUCAUGUUUAUAGGAUAUUUGCAGGGUCAGGAUCUUGGGGCCCAGUCCUCCUCCUGUUAAAGUAAAUGGCACAGCUCCCACUGACUUCAAUGGGAGUACUGUUAGGACCCUUAAUGGCUGAGCAAACUAUUUCAGCCUUUUUUUGUGUAUAUUAAAAACAGGUCUCAAGCUGCAACCAGUCUGCCUAGUGUCAGACUUAGGUGAAGUUUUAGGGUCUGACCUCAAACCCGUGAAAAAGUGGAUACUAGCUGUAGCAACAUUAGAUAUUUUCUGAACCACUACAUUUUAACAGAGUAUAGUCUGUGACUGAUAUUAUUAAUUUUUAUAAAAUAUGGACUUCCCUAGAGUAGGGUAGUUUAUCACCUGGGUUUUAAAAAAAAAAAAAGCCUUUUCAGGUAAAGAGAUCUGUGUUUUUUAGGUAUCCUUUUAAAGCUAUGUUUUCUCAGAGAUUUUGUCCUCAAACGACUAAUCCUGAGCAUUUUCCAGCAAGGCAAAGAGACUAUAAUGCCAAAUAAAAUUGGCACCUCCAUUAUUUCUAUAUAUUUUGGCCUCAUAAAAGAAAAUGUAUUUGGGACCGGAUCAUGCCCCACAAUAUCCAUGAGCUGAGGGGAACCUUUGCACACAGAUCUACCUUAUCCCACAUGGGAGGGGUAAGGAGUCACCUACUUCUGCAGCACCAUCCUACCCCACCUGGCAGAAACCUCUCUGUGGGUCUUGGGUCUGUGCUGAGGGAGGUGACAGAUGCUGGGAGAAGAGUGAGCAAGCUAGGCAUAUGGCCAUGGAAUAUAAGCAGAAAAGAUAAUGCAGCCAUUUUUCUACAGGGGCAGCCAUGGCCAGGGGGAGCUUGGCUUUGCUGUCAAGAAGAGAUCAAUGCGGAUCACUGGGAAUCCAGGAUUUCUUCAGUGAGGGAUGAGGGUUAAUCCUCCCCCCUUCCAAAGGAGUGAGUUGAGUGGAGCUCCACAAGGGUAUCCUGGAGAUUUCCUCCUCCAGAGCCCACUCCUGUGGGUUUUAUCAAGAGGGAACAUAAUCCAGCUUUUGGCUUCUAAGAGCCUAGGCUGACCAUAUAUAGGCUUUCAAAUCAUUAAUCUGUUUGAAAUUGACCUUCCCAGUAAGAAAGCUAGAUUCAUAUUAACUUUUUAUUUCAAUUCAAGUUAUUGCUCAUUCAGUGUUGAUAACUUCUGCUCACUCUUACUGCCACUCCCGAAAUUUUCCCAAUAAUAGCUGUCUUUCCUGUUAAAAAAUAAGCGAGAGAGAAGUCAGAACAAUCACAGGUUACCUUUCAUUUCAUGGACAAUGAAGGAGAAAUAGAAGCUAUCCUUGAAAAUUCUGCAGGAACAUUUAAAAGUAAUGAAAUUGUGUCAUGCUAGUAUUCAAAAGAGAAGUCCCAUCAGCAGUGAAGCUGUCUUUAUCUAUAUUAAAUAGUUACAAUUUACUAUUAAGGGCCCAAUCCUGUGAAGCCUUUUCCACACAUCUGUGGGAAAUAAUAUGGAUCCAUAUGACUGUAACUCAACCUGAGCUGAGGCUCCUUUCUGUCUGUUGGGCCCAAUUUUGGAAGAUGCUGAGCUUGAAAGCUAAAGGUGUUCAGCACAACCCUGGAGGGGACACUUGGUGUGCACCCAAGAAUGCUAUUGACCUCAGUGAGAUAUUUAGAUGUACAGAAAUAUAAGACAGGGCCUCAGAGCUAGGAAUCUAAGGCUGGCAGAUGGUUAAUAUUUUCUCCCCGAAGAUAGCAGGAACAGACCAAGUCACAUCGAACUUUUGAAUUUAUUAGGUUUUCUUAUUAGUAUGACUCACUAUCUUAAUAUUAUUUAAAUGUAGUUUGUAUAUUUUAUUGAUUCUUUAUUGAGAUCUAAAAUUCCAAUGUGUUACUGAUUUAAUAACCUGGGGGUGUACAAUUAAGUACAGAAUAUACAAUAUUUUGGCAGUUUUAAAGUAGGACAUUACAUACCCAAUAGAUGGACAUUUUCUUCUUGGCGUUGUUGUAGAUCUGGGUCCUGUAAACAGGCAUUUGUGGGAUGUACCCUUUUUAAAAAAACAGGUCCAAACUCCAUAUGGAAAGUAGUUUGUGUGCAUGUGCAGUAAAUGCUUUUCCAAAUUUAUUUAAUAUGAUAUGCCCUAAUUCUGGAAAGAAAACCAUGCAAGUGGAGUCCUGUGCCUGUACAGAGUACAGCUGAAGUCAGUAAUGUCAGUAGCCUGACCAUCUAGUUCUCUCUGUGGGACUGGUGGCUUGGGCAGUUCUUGUUGAUUUUAAUGACCAGAUGUGUGUGUCUAGGGAUUUUGCCAAAAUUUAUAAAUGGAAUCUAUUUUUUUUUAAACAAUGUGACUUUUGUUUUGCAUGUGUGUGAGCUAUAGCUAAGCAAACCCACCUUGAAACAAUUGUUUUAAAAAUAAAAAAAGUGUAAUGGUCAAAAUAGUAUCAGCCAGGUUUCAUCCUGGAAUGUGUUUUAUGGUCAACUUUUAUAAAUUCUUAGAAAAAGGGCUUUGAAAUGAAAAUCCUCUGUCACUGGGCCAAAUUCUGUUCUCAUUAUAGGCAAUGGAGUUGCGGAGAGUGCAGCUCUGGACAGAAUUUUGCUCACUGGCCAUAGCAGUGUGAAGAGCUCUUGUCAUAGUUACAUUUUAUAAGCCCCUUUUGCAAUUAGAUUCACAAGAGCAGUUUUUUUAAGCCCUGAUGGGAUCCUGCUGACUCAGUGAGUCUCCACACAAGCAUAAGGAUCUGUGCUACUGUAACCAAUUGUAGGAUUUGGGCCUAAAUAUAUAUAUACUGAUUAUAAUAUAUGCACAAUUUAUUAGAAACACAUGGAUUCAGGCCCUCUCCCGCGAUAUGAUGCAUACUCAGAGACUGCUCCUAUACAGAGCUCCGUUGACUUCAGUGAGGGCUGUGCACAGGCGUAGAAGUCUGCUCCCAUGAAUCACUUUGCAGGAUCAAGGCCUUAUUUAGAAAUCCUGCAAUGAUCGCCCCUAUCAAGUCUGACAAUUGGCAUAAUAUGAGAUGGCAUUCAUGGUAAAAUAAGAGGGCUUGGAAUGAAAUGAUUAAUUUUAGAAGCUAAAAUAUCUGCCUUUAAAAACAAAAACAAAGCUAGUGUUUAUAUAAGGUCCUUCUUUUGUUUUGCUUUGAAAAGUUGUCUUGCCUACUGCCUAAAACAUAUGGCAGCAAACAGCAGAUUUAUGUUCUGGCAUGUCUGCACUAUUGUGUAUUUGUGUUCCUCUAUGGUUUUGUUCAAUACUUAAAACUGUUCAUUUAUUGCACAAAAGUUGUUUUGUUAGUUAGUGGUGAUGUUAUCUUAAUAACUAUAUUUAUUUUUAAAGGAACGUCUUUUCAUGUUUUUUUCCAACAGAAUCUGUAAAUAAGAUUUUUUUUAUGCACUUGACACACAAGUAUUAUUUUCGUCCUUCAUUGUCUUUGCCUUUUUAAUGGUCACACGUUAAACAUAUUUUGAGGCAAUAAUUUUUGUGGGACGCUUUUAAACAUCCAGGUGAUCAAAUGAUUUUUUUUCUAGGGGGUCUCUCAUCUAUUUAGCACUAUUUAAUUGCUUAUUAAAAUUUGCUGUAUUAUUUCCCCUACUCAAGAGCAUAGUUAUGAUCCAACUGCUUGAAACCAUGUUUAAAACAUAUCUUCUCUCAUAUUCAUUGAACAAUUCCCUCUUAUUUUAGCAAAUACUGUUGAUCAUAGAGAACACUUUAUCCCAAAAGAUCCCAAACCACAUUACAAAACUAAUGUUGCAAUCCUGCAAAGAGCAUCAUGUGGACAGACCCUUGAACCCAUGCAGAGAACUCCAUCAGUGGGGUUCUGUGCCAGCAUAGAGUCUGUUCACAAGGAGAUCCUUGUACAAAGCUUUUUGAGAGGCUGGGGCUAGGGCUAUGCAGCCUAUAUUCUGAAGUGUAGCUACCUCUGGGGUUAAACGUGGUUCCUGUUUAACACUCAUAGCAAUAUUAUACAUUGUAGUACAGGAAGUGAAGACUACCAAUGCUGACAGAUAUCAGAUGGAUGUUGUGGUAGGCACAAUGUAUUUAUCCCCAUUGGAAUUUGAUGAGGACAACAGAGUUAAUUAUUCUGACAAAAAACAACAGUCCAUGGUAUUUAUGAUCAUCACUAGUGAUUAAGAUCUCAUUUUACAUUUCUCCUGCAAUUUCAAUGUCCCCUACCACCAUGUCCCAAGGGGUUGAUACAGUAGGUGAUAGAUUAGUAGUUAGAGGAAACUAUCAACAUCACUUCCUGCAGCACAAGGUAUUUGAGUAAAGAUAUCCUAUCCAAGCAGGGACAGGCAUAAUGCUGCUUGGCUUAGAUCUGACAUCAUAGCCUGAAGGUUUUUUGUUUUGUUUCACUAUUAUCUGGCAUUUCUUUUCUUUUUUCUUUUUCUUUUUUUAAACCCAAACCACUUGUAUUUUAGGUUCAAUUUGUGCCACAGAAAGUGGUAAAGAGUGCUCUGUCACUCACAUUUUCAGCCCUUAGAGAGAGAGAGAUAAUUAACUUCCCACUAGCUGCAUAUAUGUGAAGUUAGUAGUUAAAUGAUCAGCUAACAAAUAACAUUUGUAUAAACCCAUGCUGUGCAAACUUCUAAUGGAAUAUAAAGUUAAGUAUUUAAAAUAGAGAUUUAUUUUCAUACUUGUAUAGUGAGCAGAUUCAGUGAAUUUUAGUUUUAUGUGCCAAGUUUAAUUACAGACUAUAUGUUUAAAAAGUGUGCAAUAAAAUAAACAUGUCCUAUAGAGUGAAACAAUUGUCUUGAAACUUUGAUUUAUUCUGUUUGUUUACAAAUACGACAGC